GAUAGCAGUAACAGGAGUAACGGGUAAUACUCUUCUUCGAUUUCGCGAAAGAAGAAAUGAAAGUGAUUGCUUUUAAGAAGGCUUUUCGAAUAACAACAUGAAGUACAAUUAUUUACCUCCGUUAUCGUAUAUGCGAAAUAGUUUCAAACGCAGAUCGAAGGAAUAUCUUUUAGAAAGUAGUUUACAUGGUGUACCAUACUUUGCCGAUCCUACUCGUCCAAAAUUGGAGAGAGGACUAUGGUUUUUGUUAACGAUAGCGUCGAUCGUCGCAACUAUCAUCACGAUUAAGAUCAUUUGGGAUAAGUUCCAAAAUAAUCCAACUUUAACUGAAUUAGAUGACCACGUGGACGAAGCGAAAAUAUCAUUCCCACAAAUAUUUCUCUGUUUUGAAGGAAAUCAAUUAAAUUUGUCUGGUAUUAAUAAUCUUGAAAAAAAGUAUUAUGUCCAAAUAUACGAAUGGAUGUGGAACGAAAAGAUAAACGAUGAAACGAAAGAAACCUUGUCCGGUAUGACAAAUUUCCGCAAUGUCUUUCAACGAUUGACACCUCGAUGCGAUUCUAUAUUAAAUAAUGCUAUUUUCACAAAUAAGAGACAUAGUCGGGGAAAGGAUUUUAAAAAGAUUGUCACACCUGCUGGAGUAUGUUGCAAAUUUAAUUUCUCUAAGCUCAUAGUGCACGAAGAUAUGCCAUUUGAAUUUCAUGUGAAAUCUCUCUUGUUUCCACUAAAACUUUAUGUAGCAGACAAGUUCGACAUAGGACCUAGUCGUAACAUUAUGCCUCACAUCAAGCUUAGAAAACCUUCAUUUAUGCAGCUUGACGUAUUUCAGACUUACGUAACUCCGGAUUUCCAAAUGUUAUCGGAUUUUCAAAGACAAUGCCAUUACCGCAGAAAGCAAUGGUCUUACAAUAAUUGUCAAUUGCGUUGCCGAAUUAAGGAUAUAUCGAAAAAAUGCAAUUGUUUACCAUGGUUUUUGAUUAAGAAAGGAGUCAAAGAAUGUUCGCUCGACGAAUAUUCUUGUUUAACGAAGGUAUAUGACAAUUACAUAGAUUGUAAGUGCAUAUUACCAUGUAAUUUUACAGUAUAUCGAUUAUUGGGAACGAAAGAGGGCUUCGUGAACGAUACGCUCAAUUUAUCACCGACCAAAAUUACUUUAAACUGGCCUAACAUGUUAUUUCGUAGAGAAGUUCGUUUUGGUUAUAUGGACUUGGUGGUCAGUUUUGGUGGUAUAGCUGGAUUGUUUUUAGGUUACUCCUUAUUGUCUACUUUUGAAUUGUUCUAUUAUUUAAGCUUCCGUACGUAUUGCGGAGCUGUAUUAGACUCGUCACGAAAAAGUCAUAAUAUUGUUAAUGUUCGUUCGAAAAAAAUUACAUGUACAAAUCGGCUACUUAAGUCAGACAUCAAGUUUAUAUUUUAUAAUAACUUUGAUCACGAUCAAAAAUCUUAUUAAAAGUAGGGCAUUAAUUGGGGUCUAUUUUAAUUAUUUAAUUAUUAACAAAAAGAAAAGUAAUGUAUCAUUUUGUAUUGUGAUAAUCGCCGGUAUUUAAGCCGCUUGCCUUGUAAUGUUGCUCAAGAAUGCAAGAGAGGAAAAAUGUUUGGUGGUUGGUUUACGUAAAUAAUGGUUUGAACAAAAUAUAUUUGAAUAUUAAAAGUAAAGUAUUAAUACUUUUAAAGGGAGAGUAGAAUCAAUUAGCUAUAAAGCGAUUUUGAUAGCAGCAAAUAGUGAUUAAUCAAUGAGGAGAUAAUUAUGCAAGUGUUAAUAUCAGUAACUAAUAGAUUUUAUAAUCUACCAAUCAUUGCAUGUGAUUAUACCAGACAUAUUAUAAUACGUUAAAUAAAAGUAAUAAAAAUAUCUCAUUUUCCUCGAGCACUAAUAAAAAGACAUUUGAAUA